AUGGAACAACGGCGCGGGCAGAGGGAGAAGAAAGACGAGAGGGCUGGGUGCGGAGAGGAUUCGGCCUCGUCACACCGCAGAGCUGGAGAGCGAGAAAGGGUGAGAAGAGGCAGAGAAGGCGGAGGAAAAAAAAGAAAAGAACGAAACACACGGCAACCCAGCGAAGAGCCAGCGAGUGUGGAAGGCGGCGCCGGCGACGCUAGGCUUUAUAUCGAGGGGCGGGGUUUGGUGACGUCACAGCCGGCCGGGCAGCCGCGCAAGCCGGACGGCGCGGGGCCACGGCGCGGAGAGGAGGGAAGCGGGCGGAAGAGAGAGAGGGCCGGCGUGGGGCGAGCCUAA